AAAUGAUCCACACAACAAGGGUUGUUUUCGCACGAGUGGUGGCGAGUUUUUGUGGAGAGUAAACUGGACGGACGGAGAUAAACAAGUAGAGCUUUAAUGGUAAGGGUCGGAAGACCACCAUUGAAGGAGCAUCGUCACUUUGGGAUUCAAUAAGAGACUCGACUGCACGUACUAGAUUACUGUCUGUCUGUCUGUCUGUUGUACCAAGGAUGGAGUCCCUAUUAUCGUCUCCAGUUAACCUUGCUGGGUUGCAAAAUGUAAUAUAUACUCGUCGAAGGUCAUACUGUUGCUCUGGAUUGCAAAAGGAGGCUUGGAGUAGUAGUAACAACAGUUAUUCAUACCUUCCAAAACUUUUUGCUGGUUCUUCAGGAUGGUGGUCGGAAACUGUGCCGUCACUACCAAAGGGUUCACUCAGCAGACAUUCAAUGUCUAUGGGAGCAUUGCUGACAUCUACCACUCAGGAUAAAUCCACUUCAUCUCUUACCGGUGAUGAUAAGAUAGGAGUCUUGUUGCUGAACCUGGGUGGUCCAGAAACUCUGGAUGAUGUGCAACCUUUCUUGUUUAAUCUUUUUGCUGACCCGGAUAUCAUUCGACUGCCAAAAUUGUUUCGAUUUCUUCAAAAGCCAUUAGCACAAUUCAUAUCUGUUCUAAGGGCACCGAAGAGCAAAGAGGGUUAUGCUUCAAUUGGUGGUGGCUCACCCCUUCGGCAGAUAACUGAUUCACAGGCAGAAGAGUUGAGGAAGUCCCUUUGUUCUAAAAAUGUGCCCGCUGAGGUUUAUGUUGGCAUGCGUUAUUGGCAUCCUUUUACUGAGGAAGCUAUUGAACAGAUAAAAAAAGACGGAAUUACAAAGCUGGUUGUGCUUCCUCUAUAUCCACAGUUUUCCAUAUCCACAAGUGGUUCAAGCCUUAGAUUGUUAGAAAGUAUAUUCCGGGAGGAUGAAUACCUUGUGAACAUGCAACACACUGUCAUACCUUCAUGGUACCAACGCGAAGGAUAUAUAAAGGCGAUGGCAGACCUUAUUGAAAAGGAGUUGCUAAAGUUUGACAUUCCAGAUAAGGUGAUGAUUUUUUAUAGUGCUCAUGGGGUGCCUCUUGCAUAUGUGGAGGAAGCUGGUGAUCCGUAUAAGGCUGAGAUGGAGGAAUGUGUUGAUUUGAUCAUGGAAGAGCUUGAAAAGAGAAAAUUAAAUAAUGCAUACACGCUUGCUUAUCAGAGUAGAGUUGGACCAGUGGAAUGGUUGAAGCCGUACACUGAUGACACUAUCGUUGAGCUUGGGAAGAAAGGUGUAAAAAGUCUUUUAGCAGUCCCCAUUAGUUUUGUGAGCGAGCAUAUUGAAACACUAGAGGAAAUUGAUGUUGAGUACAAAGAAUUGGCUUUAGAAUCUGGUAUUGAGAACUGGGGUCGUGUUCCUGCUCUAGGUUGUGAACCCACCUUCAUAUCUGAUCUAGCUGAUGCUGUGAUUGAAAGUCUCCCAUAUGUUGGAGCAAUGGCGGUUUCAAAUCUGGAAGCUCGACAGUCUCUGGUGCCACUUGGAAGUAUAGAGGAGCUAUUGGCAGCAUACGACUCCCAACGGAGAGAGCUUCCAACACCAGUGACGUUUUGGGAAUGGGGAUGGACUAAAAGUGCAGAGACAUGGAAUGGUAGAGCGGCAAUGUUGGCAGUUGUUGUCCUUUUGGUCUUGGAAGUCACCACCGGGGAGGGUUUUCUUCAUCAGUGGGGUGUACUGCCCUUAUUCCACUGAGAAACAGCCGCAAACCCUAAAAGAAUCUGUUUAUUUUUGUUUCAAAGAUAGUACUGAAAAUAUUUUGUAACAAUGAUGACUUGCGAAAAGAAUAAAAAUGAAUUGGUUGCUCAAAGAUGUUUAGUGAGCAAGAAGAGGAGGAGAAAGUUAAAGUCACAAGCUUUAGACAAUAUGACAAAAGCUUGAGUUGUGUAUCUUUCUUUAGUCACAAGACAGAAAGGAAGACAUUUUAUUACAAGACCUUUAUUUGUGAUUAUUAUUAUUAGACAAAUAGCUGCUAUAGU